GGGCCGGGCCUGGGGCUCUCUCCGGGGCUCUCGGAGGGCAGGACGGCGGCCUCGGGCACUGCGAGGCGGCAGCGAGACGCCGCCGCCAUGUCGGGGGGAGGCGCAGCCGACCGGGUGGUGCAGAAUGAGCUGCAGGAAGCAAUUUCUGCUCAUGCAUCAAGUGAGCAAACAGAUGAAUACUCGGAUGACUUUGAGAGUGAUGAAGAUGGCAUGUUAAAUGGUAAUGAUGAAGAACUUACUGAAGGUAAUUCAGGUGCUGCAAGCACUGGUAAAUCUGUUGUUGGGAGUCUUCUCUUGAAUGAUGAUGCUUCACAAAAACUAGCAGAUUUGGAAAAUGAAGCUGCUGAUGACUUGACUUUAUCCUUUCAUGGAAAGAAACUUAAGAAAAUAAUGGUUUUAGAAAGUGAUAAUGUACCAGAUGACAGAAAAGAUGGUAAAGAAGAAUGUUUGGAAGGUCAAAAUGAGGGUAAUGACAGAAAACAUAAUGAAGUGCUUUCAUCUGCUGAAGAAGUACUGUGUGAUAAUAGUGAAAGUGAUGACUUGCCUAUUCAUGAACUACAUAAAAAAAGAAGUCAAGAGGAAAAGCAACCAACAGCAAAGCCACGGCUGCACAAACAAAGAAAUGCUUCAGUAUCAGAUCAAGAUCAGAAGACUGUCAACACCAAUGACUUGAAACUGGAGGACAAUGGUAGAAAAUCUCCUUCUGUGAUAGAACAAAUGAUGACCACAGUGUAUGAGAAGACAAGGGAAUUGGAGAACCCAACAGCUGACAGUUCAGGUGGAACAGUGAAAAUAGCGGAAGGGCAAAUAAUAACUGAUACAAUGCAGGAGGUAUCAGUGAAUGGUCAGUCUGAACAUAGGGAGGCAAAGAAUGCACCAAAGAGCUCUGUCAAGAAGCCAAGUGAAACAAAGGAGAGAGUUCUACAAAACUCAAAGGCUUCUUUAUCUGACAGGUCUCCAUCUUCUGUGCACCUAAAGACAAAGGUGAAGGCUGUUCCAUCAGCUACACCUGUUUUAUCUCAAUGUCUGGGACCAUUAAACCUGUUGGAGAAUAAAUGCAUGCAGAAGAAAAGAAUAGAAUUUGACAAAGCAGAUAAUUUAAGAGCAGCUGUUUUUCAGAAUUGGUUGGAAAAGAAAAAGCUCUUUCUAAUGGAAUUAAAGAGAAUUGAAAAGGAGAAAGCUGAAAAUCUCAGAAACGAUACUGAAAAGAAAGAAGCACUUAGAAGAGAGGAAUCAAUUGCAUGUUUUGAAGCCUGGAAAGAAAAGAAAGCAAGAGAAGCAAAGAAGUUAAGUGAAAAAAAGAAGCUUGAGGAAAAAACCCCAGCAGAACAGGAUAAAGAGAAAACAGAAGCAGCACAGGCAUUCAAAAGAUGGAAAGAAAAAAAAGUGGAAUAUUUAAGAGAGCAAAGCAGAAAGGAAAAAGAGUCUGAAAGAAUCAGGAAGGAGAAAGAAGAGGAACUAAUUGCAGAGAAGAGGAGAGUCAGCAUAUCAGCAGUUGAAAAAUGGAAUGAAAAGAAGGAAGAAUAUAUAAAAAAGAAGAAAGUAGAAAAAUUCCUAGAGAGGAAAAGGCAAGAAAUGCAACAGGCAAAGAAGGAAGAAAAAAAUGAAAAGGCUAUGGAGGAAUAUGAAAGAUGGCUGGAAAACAAAGAGAGAAGAGAGGAGCUUGAGAAGAAGCAAAAGAAGUUGCAGUCUGUCCAUGGAAAUGAAAUGAGUCCUCCUUGGAGGCCACCUGGCAAAGUCACAUAUUCAGGGAAUUACUGAGAAGUUUAUUGCCUUCCAGAAGAAAAGAUAGUCCACAAAGUUCUGACAGUGGCUAGUCGCUAUUUCAUUAACAGUUGAUUUUCACUGGAUCCAUUGUAGGUGUUACAUUCUUUCUUUUUAGUUUAUUUGAUCUCUGCAGUUCAAAUAAAUCACUUGUCUCUUU